AUGGCGUGCCUCAAGAAACCGUUGCUGAAUUCAUCAGAACUUCAAAGAACUCUUCAACACCCUCUGUUACGUCCAAGAACUCACAUUUUAACAGUCCCUUUUUUCCUUCUCUCCCUCUUUCUCCUCUCAGCAUCAUACACUACCAACUCAACCCAUGAAAACAACACUACUAACAUUCCGUCUCCUCGAUUUCCAUUUUCUUUGAGCCGCGUGUUGGCACAUGCACCAUUUACUUCCCAUACCGUUUCAGAAUCGCAGAGCAACACAUUCUCUUCUGUUACAGCAGCAGAAAGAAUGCGAGGAAGCUUAACAAACAGAGACUCACAAGACCUCAAUUCAUGCGAUAUCUUUGACGGUUCUUGGAUUCAAGAUGAUUCUCAUGAACCUAUUUAUCAACAAGGGUCAUGUCCUUCUCUUGAUGAUGCAUUUAACUGCUUCAAGAAUGGACGUUCAGAUUACGAGUUUCUUAAAUAUCGUUGGAAGCCACAUGGAUGUCAAAUUCCAAGGUUCGAUGGGUUGAAAAUGUUGCACAUACUAAGAGGUAAAAGAGUGGUGUUUGUAGGAGACUCCUUGAACAGAAACAUGUGGCAAUCUUUGGUUUGUGCUUUGAGAGCUUCUCUUAAAGAUAAGAGCAGAAUCUAUGAAGUUUCAGGACGCCGCGAAUUCAGGAUUCAAGGUUUCUUUUCUUUCAAAUUCAAAGAUUAUGGAUGCUCUAUAGAUUUUGUGAAAUCACCAUAUCUUGUUCAAGAAUGGAAAGUGUUGCGUAACGACAGAGUUCCUUCAAGAGAUACACUUAGGCUUGACAUGAUUCAAGCUUCUAAGUCUCAGUAUUAUAAUGCUGAUAUAAUCAUUUUCAACACAGGACAUUGGUGGAAUCAUGACAAGACCAAAAAUGGUAAAAAUUAUUUUCAAGAAGGUGAUCAUGUCUAUGAAAGAUUAGAAGUUUCUGAAGCGCUAAAAAAAGCAUUGAAAACAUGGGCUAAGUGGGUUGAUUCAACCGUUGACAGCACACGUACAAGGGUUUUUUUCACAGGAUUUUCAGCUUCUCACUACAGAGGGGGGCAAUGGAACUCUGGAGGUAAAUGUGACGGCGAGAGACGGCCUAUAACAAACGAGAGCUAUCUUGCAGCAUAUCCAUGGACAAUGGGAAUUGUUGAAGAUGUUAUCGCAGAAAUGAAGACACCGGUGUUAUACCUCAACAUUACCAAAAUGACUGAUUACAGAAAAGAUGGACAUCCUUCGAUAUAUAGAGAACCGGGUUUCUACGAAAACAAAGGCCAAAGAAUGGUUCAAGAUUGCAGCCAUUGGUGCCUUCCUGGAAUUCCAGACUCUUGGAAUGAAAUCCUCUAUUCGAUUCUACUCACAGCACACACAAAUUUUAUGGCUUCUGCAAAUUAUUAG